CGCAACAGGAGUCAUGGCCACGGAUGAUAGGAACAGCCAUCCAAUAUCGCUUUAAUCUCCGUAUUCUACGCGGCGUCGGGGACAAAGGAUAUAAACAUCAAUCGUGCCCGAAUUGAACGAGAACAUCAUCAUAAUACAGCACAGAUACACACACUCUCUCUCACACACAUACUCUCUCUCGCUCUCUUGCUUGUCUUCAGAAGCCAUAUUCUUGUCUUUUUUCCUUGACAUACAGCAACCAUGGGAAAGUCACUGGUAUACCCGAAGCGGGAGAGCAAUACCAUGAACCGGUAUAAGCAUAGAGGGACAUAUGAUCUUGGUCCUAUCCACUCCAUCAUCAACAGCGCGCCUGUUUUGCAUGUUUCCUUCAGCCCCAGUCCAGAUGACCCAUUCCCCGCCAUUCUUCCUAUGAUCGGCCAAAUGGGUUCAUUCGAAUAUCCCUCGUCCGGAAUAGACGACCCUCUUGAGUGCUACCUUCACGGAUACGUUAGCUCCCGGAUCAUGAACCUGGCUCGCGCCACAGAUGGCAAGGGCCUUCCUAUCUGCAUCGCCGCGACACAUGUGGACGGACUAAUUCUCACCCUUACACCCAAUUCGCACAGCUACAACUACCGCUCCGCAGUGCUCCAUGGAUACGCCACCCUGGUGACGGACGUAGAAGAGAAGCUGUGGGCGAUGAAGCUGAUCACUAACUCAGUGGUGCCUCAGCGAUGGGAGAACACCCGCAUCCCACCGGACGGCGCAGAAAUGCAGUCUACCACCAUCCUCAAAGUCAAAAUCGUCGAUGGUAGUGGGAAAAUCAGAGACGGUGGCGUGUCCGACGAGAGAAAGGACAAGGAUAGACCCGACGUCACGGAAAAGGUCUGGACCGGUGUUGUCCCCGUUUGGCAGACGUUCGGGGAGCCGGUGCCGGACGGGCUCAACAAGGUCAAUGAGGUUCCGGAACAUAUCAGUUCAUAUAUCGAGCGGAUGAACGAGCAGAAUCGAAAGUGUGCAUUUGAUGCGAUCAAGGUUCCAUUGCCGAAGGAGGAGCAACAUUAGCUCAAAGGCCGACAGUGUGAGGGUGCUGUGUUUGUAGCUU